UGAACCAUUUACUCCACAUCUCUUUGCACAGACAGUUAUGAGCACCUUGUGUUCCUGAGGUUUUUGGGGUGCUGAAACAGGGGGUAUAGCAACUUUACGAAGCACUUCUAAACAAACAAUCUGAGAGAGGUAAAAUAAGUUGCUCAAGAGAUCAUGCCUCAUUUCUUGGAUUGGUUUGUGCCAAUGUAUCUGAUGAUCUCCAUUCUUAUCUUGGUGGGCUUUGGAGCUUGCAUAUACUACUUUGAGCCAGGUCUGCAGGAGGCACACAAGUGGCGGACACAAAGGCCAAUCAUGGAACGAGACCUUCGGAAAACAUUGAUGAUACGAGACAACCUUGCGUUUGGGGUGCCUGAAGUCUAGAAUUCUUACAUAGAUGUGUGCUUGUAUCUAGAAGAAAGUCAAAUUUCUCUUUGAAAUUACAAAUUACUGUGCAAAACUCUGGUUUGCUCAGCACAAUUUCCAGCUGCAUGUGAUGUGGUCAAACCACUCCUUGCUGACACGCAUCUCUGUUAAUGAAGUGUUCCUUGUUGUUAUCUCUAUUUCUAAGACAAGGCCUCUAGAUUAAUGUCAGCUAAGAGCUCCUGGUUUCUGACUUUAGACAACAGCACUUAAGAGUUGUGCAUCUCUCCAUCACUUGACAUUUUUGAUCCUCCACAUAUAAAGAGCUCAUGUUAGCCUGCUAGGAAUGACACCUGUACAUGAGCUUUAGACUUCUUAAGGAGGAUAAGACGGCAGUGUUUCUGUGUGACCUGAGUAUAUUGGCUGAGUGCCUCCUGGACAAGUGUUCAUCUCGCAAAGCUCACUACUGGUGUCAUUUCAUUACUUUGGUUACAGUCUCUUGGGUGAGGCAAAACCCCAGAUUGAUUGCAUAGACUUAAUUCCAUUCUCACUUCCAGUUCUGAUCUCAGAUAUGCGGAAUACAUUAAUAGCCAAGUUGAAUACAUUUGGAUUUCAGAUAAUUUCAGUUCAUAUAAGCUCCUGUCUGGCUCUGAACUCACUCAACAUAAUUUCAAAGUCCAUGCAGGUUAAUUCUCUGAGAAGGAAUUGCUUUUGCUUCUCCAUGAUUGGAGAACUUGUUGCUAGAUAUGGGAUUAUCUACACUUCUUUAUACUUGUGAGAUCCAGAAUCCUAUCAUGUGAAACACUGUAUGUCUCAGUCCUGUGCUGCUGUAAUCUUUUAAAAUGGGCCUAUCAAGAGUAACCCAUAAAGAGCUGUUCUUUCUAGACCGUCAGCCAGACUUAAAUCCAUGAAACACCCCACGCAAUCUACCUUUCUGCAUCCUUGUUAAAAGCCACUGAGCUAGAGGCUGUGAUAGUGCAGUUCCAACUACUAUAUGUUUCUUCUGGAGUUCCAUUGUAUGUGGUUUUGCAGCAGGUAUGCUCUCUAUCCAUACAGUGUGUUUGCACUUUGCUCCACAAUUCCUUUAGGGCUGAUAUGUUACCAAAGUACUGUAUGAAAACAUUACUGCAUGUGAAAAUGGGCAGGAUUCUCUGCAUUAUUGCUAACAGUGUGCAGAUUGCAUACUUACAUGGGCAAAAUAUACAACAUAUGGCAUGAUGGGCAUCCCUGUAGCUGGUGUUACUGUGCAUAAGCUUUCUCUGACCUUCAUUAGGGCAUUAAUUCUGUCUGUAGAGUGGGUUUUAUUUCCCUUUUGGCAUGGUAUUACAUGCUAUGUUAACACAUCUGUUCCAUUGUGAAGCAUUAGUUUUGUGAUCAUCAGUUUUACUUGUAUACCUUUCAUGCUAGGGACAUGUGCCUUUGCUUCUCUACCGUGUCCAUGCGUGUACAUUCCAUAUUAAUUAAGGUACCACAUACGUUGUUACUGUUAAUAUCUAUAUAGCUCCAUUUCACCAUUCCCCCAAUACCAGAGAAAUGUCUAUGCAUUGGAUGCCUUGAUGAAAUACAUUCACUUCCACUUCACAAUAUAAGUAGUACAUAGUUCUUCUCCACAUUCCAUAGUUCCUUCACAUGUCAAGUGCUGACUUCUCAUACACUUCAAUACAUUCCAUUGCUUCCGUGAUCUCAUUCAGUGCCAUAGCCCUUGACAACUGUGUAGUACAGCUGCAACUUGAAAUCCAGUUGGAAAGAUGCUCACUCCUUCAUUGGUUGUUUUCAAUCAGUUCACAGUGAAACCACACAGCCAGUGAUUGCUCUAGCUUGAAAAUGUAUGGUAUACUUUUUCAGCAGCUACUGAAUUGGAGCAUAGUAAAUUGCAUAAUAUGGUGUGUGAUUUGUUGUGAGUUGCUGUCAGCUCACUGCUAGCAUCAGUGAAGUUUUUAGCUUAAAGGUGACAAAGUGUUUUUUGUAUGGAUCUCUUCUCAAAGCCUUCUGCCUAUGCAGGUUUAAAAACCACACUAGGUCUCAUCACCUGCAUCAAAAAUUUCCGUGGAACUUGUGUUGCUUCAUAUAUAUAGAACAGGGUAAGAUACCUUCCAUUUUUAUGGUGCCUGAAACAGCAGAACAGCUUUCUAGUGUGUGGUGUGUGUUUAUAGCAUGGAUCUUGACUAAAUGUAUGCCAUUUUAAGCAUCCGAAGAGUCUUGUGCAUUUUCUGAUAUGGUUAAACUGGCACCAGUUCAGGGAUUCUUGCACAUGGCAACAAGCUGCACCUGGGCCAGACCUUCCAUUAGGGGAGAAUAA